GGAUUCAACAUUCACGAACGUUAAAGUUUUCCCAGUGAUGGUGACGUGGGAGAAUACUGUCUUCUCCUCUCUUUUCACCGGCUUUUUGGACUUCCUGAGUAUUAUUCGCGAGACACAAAUAUUACACUAGAGCUAUCUGACAAUUAAUAACUGAGAUGUAGGAGUUUUUCCUGCUAAAUGAGUGAUAAAGCCAGGACGUGAAUACCCUAGAGGGAGGGAAAUUUUGUGAGGUGUGGGGGAAGUCCCGGGAGGAUGGAGGACGAUGGUGCCAAGAAGGAAGUGAUGGUCACCAGCAUGAAGGCAGAGUAUAUUGAACACUCUAUUGAGGUCACGCACUUCGCCACGUCUGAUAUGGAAGCACAAGGUCUUGGCAUGCCAGGUUUGGACGAUGCAGCAGAUGUACCGACGGAAAUGACUGUGUCUGUGGAGGAGCAAAAUCCCAAUGAUGGACGCUUGGAGGUUAUGGAGCUCAAACAUUCUAUAGACAAGAAAAAGAAAAGAAUACGUGCUUACAGCCAAAAAUUUCGAAAGGAGUGGAUACAAAUGGGCGAAUUUCAAGGGUGGCUGUCAGAGGGCAGUGCUCCAGAUCGAGCGUACUGUACUGUGUGCAGUAAGGAACUCUUGGCUGGCAAGUCUGAAUUAUUGAAGCAUGCAAACGGAAAGAAACACAAGAAGAGGUUAGAAGAGGGACACAUAAACAUGACAGUUCCAACAGACUUAUCAAGUGUCCUUGAUGGAACUGCAAUCCCACAUGUGCUGCAAAUAGUUGAUUUAAGAAGUGACACUGUGACGCAACCAAGUAGAGAAAUGAAAGAAGCCAUGUUCGAUGCUCCAGUUGGAGAUGAUGUGUUCUCAGAAGACCCUACAGUCAAAGCAUUGGAGGAAAAAGUUGCCAGAAUGUUAGAGAAGGAAGCUGCACUCUUUGUUCCCUCAGGCACGAUGGCUAAUUUAAUAUGUGUUUUGACACACUGCUGGGGUCGUGGGUCAGAGGUUAUCGUUGGCGACCAGAGUCACCUCCACCUGUGGGCCCAGGGAGGAAUUGCUCAGGUUGGAAGUGUCCAUCACCGCUCUAUAAGAAAUCUGCCAGAUGGAACAUUCUCACUUCAAGAUUUAAGGUCCUUGGUUCGAGGUGAUGACCCCCAUUGGCCAGUUACUACCUUGGUAUGUGUUGAAAAUACUCAUAAUAUGAUGGGAGGAAAAGCUCUUCCUCUACAGUGGGUGGAUGAUCUUGGAACAUUGUGUAAUGAAUUAAACCUGCCACUGCACAUGGACGGGGCACGACUGAUCAAUGCAUCUGUGGCUCUUGGCACAAGUCCGGCACGUCUUGUGCAGUGGUGUGAUUCCGUCUCUCUCUGCCUAAAUAAAGGUCUUGGGGCACCAAUGGGCUCACUUGUAGUGGGUACUAAGGAAUUUAUUACUAGGGCAUUAAGAGUAAGAAAAGUUUUAGGUGGAGGGCUGCAUCAAGCAGGGAUGUUUGCUGCUGCUGGAAUAUAUGCUCUUGACCACAUUGCUCCAAGGCUUUCUCUAGACCACACCAAUGCUCGUGCCAUUGCUCAAAGUGUGUCAGAAGUACAUAGCAGUGCCAUUACAGUUGAUCUCAAGGGUGUCCAGACCAACGUUGUCUUGCUUCACUGUGAUAACAUUAGAGUUAAUGCCAAGAAGCUGUGCCAAAGAUUAGCAUCAGUGACAGAUGCAGAAUCUGAAGAGAUGGGCGAGCAGAUUGUUGUAAUGAUGUUGCCAAUCACAGAAACAACUGUCCGCUUAAUGAUGCAUUGUGAUGUUAAAAAAGAUGAUAUCAAAGCUGUGAUAAAGAAACUUAAAUACAUUAUUCAAGAAUAUGAUAACAUGAUGUACCUAGAAUACAAGAUUAGCGUUUAACAUAAAUAUUAUAUUUACAAUAAU